AUGUCAGGGCCAUAUAAAUCAUAUUCGACAAACAUGGCUCAGCCAACGUUUUAUCCCAAUAAGACGCACAGUUACACGCAGCAAUAUUUUCCGCAGCUGUCCCCGUCAUUCGAGAGGCAAGUGAGCUUCACGGGGAACUAUUUUCCCUUCUUGGAUAUUUCUACCCGGAGAUCGGCACACCAGAAUUUCAGCGCCCCGCAAACUUCUAGGCAAACUUCUUGCAUCGAAGAUACAAGGCCCUCUGCGUCCCAUCAGACAACACAGAUUCCAGAAUAUCUUCUCCAGCCAAUUUAUCCAUGGAUGAAAUCUAAGAAAGGCGGAAAGGCUGCAUUUGGAUUCGGUAUGCUAACCCCUUUGAUAACCUUCUUUUUUGGUGCGAGCGUUUGUCCGCAAAUGUUUAGCGCGACUCGGCAGCUUAAAGUGUUCUGCUGGUUAAAAACUAUCGGAACAGGUUAAUCCCCCUCUUCCUUUUAAUUCGGCCGUGCACGAUUGAGUGACAUUUUGGAGAUUUCAGUUAACCUUGUUUCGACCAUUUGUUAUCGUUGAGAAGUUUUUCUGUCAAAAGGGCGGGGGGUUUGGAGAGUGACUUGUCUACUACUGUGAUUAAUGGAGCAGCCCUCUUUAGCAUUGCAUUUCUUCGGGUAAGAAUAGAUGCAUGUUCAACAAAAGAUCAGGUUUUGUCAUUCAAUCACAAAGUGCAAUAUUUUUAGUUUGCAAACAUAUUGUUGAUAGUACGCGGAAGCUGGAACGCUGCUAUUGGCGAAAAGGUUGUUUGGUUUUGAAAAGACCUGCCAAUAAGGCGAGUUCUGUUUAAGCAAAGUCCAUCAUAGGAAUUUAAGCGACCGAAAUGAAAAGACUUCAGACCACGAAACCAAAGCUUGAACCGUUGCCCAAGUCUGUCAAGAACCGAGCCGGAAAAUGAUCACUUCAAAAAAAGUAAGACUUCAGUUUUAAUGAAAAUCCGCCUCUCGAACUGGGUCCGUUUGUCGGUGUUCGCAGAGAUUUUCCUCUUCUAGAAUAGACAGUUUUAACAAUACCGCAGAUGAUCACGAACAUGUUUUAGUUGAAGGGAAAAUAUGCCUCUAAAGGACCUUUGUUCUCUGUUAAUAACUGAAAUGAUAACUUUUUUACAAUACACAGGGCAGAAACAAGCCAAACGACAUCGGACAAGCUACACAAACAAACAGCUUUUAGAGCUGGAAAAAGAGUUCCAUUUUAACAAGUACCUGUGCAGUUCUCGAAGGAGCGAGAUUGCGAAGACUCUUAGUCUUUCUGAACGGCAAGUCAAGAUCUGGUUCCAAAACCGCCGGAUGAAAUGGAAAAAGGAUGAGAAACUGAGCGAUUCUUCGGGGAACAGUAAAGAACGUUUCAACGAUGUGCGAGGAACGCACGAAUGCGGUCAUCUUCACAUGGCGUGUUCCCCGCUUUGUCAUUCUCCACCAUUGCACCAAACAGGACACAAGGAAAGCGUCCACUUGUAGUGCGACGUGAAACGUUAUUCAGAAAAGAAAAUCUUUUGAAAGAAGAAAAGGGAAUCUCACGUUGAAUGAAAGAGUCUGAAUCAAUCAUCUUCGGACGUUGUGGUAUGCCAGUUAAUUAUCAAAAACCUGUACAUUAAUGCGUUUAUUUAAUGGAGGGAACUCUUGUUAGAGCAGAUCACUGCCUUUCCGCCUUUUUACCAGUUCUAAUCCGCUACUAAUCCUUCUGAAAAAGCUAAUCGACACCAAAUUUCCUUUUCUUUGUGAAAGGUGUGAAACUUGUAGCGAGAUGCUCUCCCCUCCGCCAGAGUUCCUAAACAUAAAACGUUAUUUAUUGAACACACUUUUCGCUCGUUGCCAACCUGGUGGCGUUAAUUGUACAAAUAUUCAAUCGUUAUUCAUGCAAUCGAAGAGCUAGCUAUUUCAUGAGUUAAGAUAACUGAGAAAUAAUUUUUCUUCACGGAGUAUGACAAAGAGACUCCUUCUGUGGCUGAAGAGAGUCAAAGCUGAGAAAAUUGCACCUUCGCUUCCCGCUAUCUUGUUAGUCACAUUCCAACGCAUCGCCAACUAAACCGCCCCCUGUCU